CUUUUCAUUUCCUUUCUCUUCAUUUCUCCUCUUUAAUCACAUCAAGGAAUUUUCUUUUUCCUUUUCUCUCCAUUUCCCACGAACCAAAUAAAGCAUUAUAAUUUUGUUUCAAUCGUUUUAUAACAGCAGGCCAGGAGUACGCUUAGGAUUUCCCUCGUAGAAUAUCGGCGUGGCAGUGGAUCAAUAGCUGAAUGAGAAGUGUAGGGUCCAAAAUGCCACCCAGGGCCUAACCGCUCUGCCUGUGUUAGGACAGAAUCCCCAUUCGCCAACAGUGCAGCACCUGCUUCACUGCCCACCGCCGAAUUUUAUCCAAAUACCCGCGCUAAAGAGAGUGCCUAUUGCGAGGAAGGAACAAAUCCAGUGACCGUUAAAAACCUGUACUCCCACAGCCAUGGCUAUGGCUUUCACUCCCAUUUAACUUCUCUCUCUUACCUUCUUCUUCUUCUCCUCUUCUUCGCAUCAGAAGAAAAGUUCUUUUUCUUUCCCAUUCUGUUUAUCUUCUUUUCGAUGAGUAGCGGAGCAAUCCUCAGCCUUUCAACUAGUGCUGCUGUUUCUAGCAGAAUCCGAUUCCAUAAUCCCAAAUUCUACACCCGAAUUCAAUACCCGUUAUCCUACUCCUCCUUUUUUCAGGUGAAUUUUGGUGGGAAUAAUCGGCUUAGCAGUAUCAGACGGCUCCAUUUGUCUCCAAAUGCUACCUCUCUCGAGCUUCCUCUUCUUCCUUUUAACAUGGGCGAGGUUUUGGUUCCAUCAGAGAGCAAGGUUCUGCAUUUAUACGAAGCUAGAUAUCUUGCUCUGCUAGAGGAGUCUCUAUUAAGAAGGAAGAAGAUAUUUGUGCAUUUUGUGUUGGAUCCCAUCCUCAUUAGCAGCUCAGGAACUGAAGCAUCAUUUGCAGCUAGACAUGGCUGUUUGGUUUUUAUAGAAAAUGUUGAGCGUUUAGAUGUUGGAGCAUCAGUCUCCAUAAGGGGAAUUGGUCGUGUCAAGAUUGUGAAAUUUUUGCAGUUGCAGUCAAAUCCUUACUUGAUAGGUGAAAUCGUGCCAGUAAAGGAUUGGGUUCCUGAUGAUGCAAGUAAAAUAGACUCCAAACUUAUGUCAGUAAAAGAGGCUCUUUACAGUUUAAAUAGCUUGGAAAUUAAAUUAAAGGCUCCCAAAGAAGCAUUGUUGCAGACUCGCAUUGCAAACUCUUUAACAUGGGCUGAAAAGGAACCAUCCCUAGAAUGUGAUAAAGCUUUCAUUCCAUCUCUGGCUGAGCGCAUAUCAUUCACAGCUUUACAACCUAUUUCAGGAUCUACUCAAUCAGAAAUGUUCAAGUUGCAGCAACUGAAGCUAAGAGCAAUGGAUGUGAAAGAGACACUACAAAGGCUAGAUGAUUCCUUAGAAUUAGUAAAAGAGAACAUCUCCAUUGUUGCAGCAAAGCUUGCUAUCCAAUCACUAGAUGUGCAGUAAGUAUGGAAAUUAACAGCUGAAGUCUUCUGGUGUAGAGAGAGAGAGAAAGAGAUCUUUAUGCUUAAUCCCCAUGGUCACCAGGCUGAGGAGGCCGGCCUUAUUCAGUGGGGAGUGGAGCCUCCAGUUGAGGACUGCUGAGAAGUAGGGGAAGAUCCAACGUUGAAAGAAAAGCUAUAACUUGUUACUAUGUAACCUUUUCGUUUUCACUUUGAAGUACAGGCCUGUGAAAAACUUGUUUAGAUCCUGUUCAUAAGUCCAAGAACACAAUAAUAUUUUAUACAUUUUGACAAUGUAGAAACUCUAUAUGUUAAUUUAUUAAUAUUUUUUAUUUUAAAAUCAAAAUUAAAUAAUUAAAAAUAAA